CCGCCCGUCGCAACGCGUACAUCAGCUACACCUACACUACACGCCCCCGUCGUGUUUCUUUUCCGUUUCCUGUUUCCGCCUCGGUUCUCGCUCCAGGCCCAACCCAACGCAUUCACGCCAUUGCCCCCAAUCCCAAUCCCAAACCCUCGCUUCAUCCAUCCAUCCAUCCCCACCCUCUCGCCCGGCGGCUGCUUCCCCAUCCCCUCUCCGUCCACGGCGGGGAGCGCCGGAUUCCGGCCGUAGUUCGGUGCAUCUUCCGUGUAGCACAUAUAUGACCCAGUUAACUGGUGCUUGGAUAUCAAGUCCUACUUAACCAGCUGCACACAAAAGAACCGACUUAACUAAGGUGCAAUUACCAUCUCUGCAAGGAAAGCGCUAAGGAGAUUUUCUGUUCAUGCGAUCAGCAUAAAAUUUCCACCUCAGUUAGGUAGUCACCCAGCUAGAUUGAGAUAUAAUGGAUUACAACGAAGCCUGCAAGGGAUCAUGUGAAUGCGAAAAGUGUGAGACUGGCAAGAUUGCAGAGGCAAACAUGGAAUUUUAUGGAUCUGAAGAAGAAGAAGGUGAGAUCAGAGAGGUACAUGAGCCACCUAGACUAGGAAGCCCUAUCCAGAAAGUCACACCUGCAAUUGUUGAGCAGGAGCAGGUCCAUAUAAGGCAAUCAGCUUCACCACCAAGAGCUUCUGAUAAAGGAGAGAGUACAGGUACUGUGGUUUUGCAACAGCAAUCUAUGUAUGGAGCAAUCCACAAAGACAUGUCUGCAAGCAUUGUACACUCAUUUGUGCAAGAUGCAAUUGAAAAGGAGCAGGUCAAUAUGAGGCCAUCAACUUCACCUGAAAGAGGAUCCUAUCAAGGAAGGAUCCCAUGUAUUGUUUUUGUGCAACAGUCGAAGUGUAGUGCAAUCCCAGAGGACAUGGCUGCAACUCCUAGCGCAUCUUCUCAAGGGGUGGUUGAAGAUGAGCCACCAACUUCAGCUCAAAGAGUUUCCCAUAUUGGAGAGACUGCAAGUACUGCUGUUGUGCAACAAUCUAAGUAUACUGCAUCUGAGGGCCAGCAUGUUGAUAUGAGGCAGCAUAGAAUACGUGGGAGCCACCGUCCAAGUUUUUCACCAUCUGCAUGCAGUAGUGCAGAAGAAAGGCAUAAGAAAAGGCAGGAAGGAUGUUUUAGAUACUCUGAUUUCCGUUGGGUCUUGAAAAUGAUUGAGGAAGUUUGUUCAGAAAGGCUUAGGACACUAUUGUCACGACAAAAUAGAGAUCGAAAGAACCUCAAAAUUGCACAGAAAAAGUACGAGCUAGAAUUCUUCCAGAAGCAUAUGCAUUCUUAUAAAGUCCGCCUUGCUCAUGUUAUGCCAACAAUAAGUUACCGCAGAAUGAUGUUGCCGAAGCUACAUUUCAGUAUUUUGCGCAACAGAUUCCAUAAACAUAUGAAAUCUCAGCUGAUAAAAUUUGUGAAACAACAAAUACGUGACAGAAACAAGGAGAAUAGAAUAAAAGCGCGGUGGAUAUUUGAGGCCAAAGCUGGCUACCUUAAGAAAUUGUUUUAUGUGACUUCCUUGGCAUAUGGUAAAUUCAAGUUGGAGAAACUAAAAUGCCGUAUGACUGACUAUUUGGAUGGUGAAGAGCAUCUCAAGUAUUUCAACAUGCAAUCUCUAACUACCCAAAUUGAAGCAAUUGCUUCUAAUAAAGAAUCUACCAGUGAUGUUACUGAGCCCAUUCUAGAAAACUCACCAGUACCGCUUGAAACAAAUGGACCUAGAAAGCUCGGGUUUUCAAUCGGUGUAGCAGAAGAUAUGACCACCUUAGAAAGCAGGUCUUCUCUGCCCACCUGUGCUCCCACCAUGGAGUUUGGUGAGAAAAAUGGGACACAAACUGCCUUCUCUGCUGCAGCACAAAACCAGGGUGGAAAUUUGGAGAGACCCUAUGCUUGCCAGCUUGGCAUGAGUGCAGUACUAGAGCCUGCUAAGGCAGUGACAACAGGUAAGCCAAGUGAUGAUUCUGAGCCUAUUGAAGAACACUCACCAUUGCUGCUCGUAACAAAUGGAGCUACACAGCUUGAGUUUUCAGUCGAUGUAUCAGAAGAAAUGGUUACUUUAGAAAGCAGUUCUUCUCAGUUAACCAGUGCACCAGGAAUGGAGUUUGGUGAAAAUGAUGGGACACAAAUUGCCUUCUCAGCAGCAGCACAAACUGUGGGUGAAAACAUGGAGAGUCCCUGUGCUUCUCGGUUUGUCACGAGUUCAACAUCUGAGCUUACUGUCACAGUGAGCAAUGAUACAGAAAAUGCUGCCCAGAUUUCUAGAGAAAAACGAAGGCGCAUAAGUUCAGGCAAUGAUGUCUCAGAAGGUACAUGUUGCAUGUCACGGAGAAAAUUUGGUGAAAAAGAUGGGAUACAUAGCGCCUUAUCACCAGCAGCACAAAAUGAGGGGAGAGACAUGGAGAGAUCCUGUGCUUCUGACUCUGACAAGGAUGCAACGCUAGAAUCUGCUAUGACAGAGAACACUGAUUCAGAAAAUACUCUGGAUGGUUCUAAUGAAAAGCAAACACGCAUAAGUUCAGGCAAUAAUGUUUCAGAAGUUCCAUCUUCUAGGUCACAGAUAAAAUUCAAGCCUACGUCGAACCCUUGCAGGACAACAUUGCAUCAAGAGGAACCUAGAGCUGCAAGGCCAUCUCCACCUUUAGUUAAUAAUAGUCAAAUAUUUCAAGCUGAGGAUACACGUGGCGAGGAAGUACCUAGUGGUCAUUUAUCUACCUUUGCCCAAGUUACUGACGAGCCAAACAUGCGCUCUAAUGCCCAAAGUGUGAUGAACCAGCGCCAUUGUGGUUCAACUUCCCAGGCUGCUAGUCGUCCAUAUCAACCAACUGGUGGGAAUACUCAUUCAGCAAGAACUGAGGUUGGCAGUCUAGGGGCAUCACAUGUUCUAGCAUCAGACAAUCAUCUGCCAACAGGCUCCACUUCUGGGCAAUUUCUGGCUGAAGAUGGGUCUGAAUCAAAUCCAUUUACAAUUGAGUUGAGUCGAUUACAAAAGCUGCAUGAUCUGAUAGCAAAGAGACAUCAAGAGAAGCGAGAACAACUUAUUUUGGCACGUCAAGUAGAGAUAGCUCAAGCUAAAAAGAAGUAUGAAGAGCUGGUGUAUAAUUCAGAUGUGGAAGUAUUACAGCGAAGGAGAGAACUUAAGAUAACGAGUGAGAAAAUUUACAAACAGCAGAUACUGGCUGAGGUAUUACAGGUUAUAUUUAAGGCCUCUGCUAAAGUUGUUCCAGACAGUUCAAGAGGUGCAGCCCAGAAAACAACAAGAGAGCCUAACCAGUCAUCAGACCAGCGUAGUUUCCAGUUUACUGCCCCUGUUUCAGCCCCUGCAUCAGCAUCCAUAUACCAGUCACCGCAAUUGUCUGUUCAAGCAUCAACAGACGCCGCCCUCAGGCAGCAUCGUGUGACCGGGCAACACACUUAUAUGGACCCUUCGGGCAGAUCCACUGCUAAUCUGAUGAAUUAUCCAAGUGGUGGCAUGGGACUUGCAUACCGCAGAUAAGCAUAAACCGGAAGCGUAUGAUGAUUGCUCGCAGUGCCUGAUUGCUCGCCUCUGCUCCUUUUUAAAUUUUCUGCCAGCAUCUGUUCUUUGUGGUUGGGCCAUGAGCUUGGAGAAACAGCCGCAUCAGUCGGUGCUCUCCGAAGAAAUCAUCAUACACUAAGUGAUCUGCUGUGCUCAGUUGUAUGUAUGCAUGAGCCAGAGCUUCCUUCUGAGUCUUGCUUAGUGAGAAGUAAACCUGGCAUUUGUUCAGUUAGUAUACUGAUCUGUAGCUGGUAACAAAUUCAUGUCAGUUCAUGUUAAACUCUGCAUUCUGAAAGCCCCUUGCCACUGCA